AUGUCUCAGAACAACUCAACCCCCAGCACGCCUCCCAGCACUGCUACGCCUGGAGUACCAACGGCAGUCAUCGAACCUUCGAACAAUAUCAACGGUCCCAAGCAGCUUGCUAACAAGUGCUGUUGGCAUGUUGUCGCGAUGAAGAAUCCAGACGCAAAGGAUAUUCUUGUAAGGUCUGCGCUUGUACAGAACGGACUGGUGCUAAUGGUUGCAGGUGUCUCAAAUACUCGUGAUCAUAGCGACGAUCCUCGUCAUCGCGCGCCUCAAUCUUCGACUGCGGAUACAAAAGCGAAAAUUACUACUCAGCGAUAUCUUUAUGGUGGCAGCGUGGAUCUCGGCGGUAAUCACAGCGGCUUUCUCACCUGCGUUUGCGGUCCUCCACGCAUUCGAUCCGAGUGUUCAUACGACGUUGGAGGGCUAUCAUGGAGGAUCUGCCAAUUUGGUGUUGAUAUUGAAGCUGCUCUUCUGGCAGUUUAUCUACAAGUAUUUCCCGAGUUUAUGGUCAAGAGGCGCAGAUUUCUUUGGGCAACGAUUUGGUUUGUUGGAGCCAGUUAUGUUAUCACUGUCGUGAUAUUAUUCUGCAUUUGUCUCCCCAUAAGCCGAAACUGGGAUAUCAGGCCUUCGAGGACAUGUCCGAAGUGGACAUAUGCUGUCACCUUUCACGUUGGCUGGGGACUGUCAUUUCUGGGAGAUUUGCUAGCUCUUCACGUCAGAAGAACCUUGAGACUCGGUAUAUACUUCACCUUCCUCCUGGGCACCGUCAACAUGGCUGUUAGUCUAGUCCGCUUUGUCGUGAUCUGGAAGGCCGGAGCAGACUCGAGUAUAUCACUAAGUACAAUUGUUCUUUGGAGCACUUUAGAUGUCAACAUAGGUCUCGUCGUCGCUUGCCUCCCGUCACUGCGCCCAUAUUUUGGAUCACGAACAAUGUCCCAAGAACAAAGUCGAGAGAGCAACAGCUGGGAUUCAAGCAGGAAACAUUCAGGGUUUGGUAACCGAACGAUAUGCUUUCACUCUAAGCAGCGAGGUAGCGAGGCGUGGCCAUCCUCGUCAGGCAGCCAUGCGAGAUACUCGUCGAUAGACCAGACGGUCGUUGGGUCUUUGGGUGAUACAAAAGGGUUCAAGGAGGCGAAUGAUGUUGAGCUGAGAGUUCUACCGGGAGCCAGAACGAGGGGCGUAAGUUAUGGUGGAUAA